AAGAGGAGGGGAUAGAGGCUGUCACAGUGGAAGAGGAGGAGGUAGAAGCUUCGAUAAUGAAAAAGGAGGAAGAGGCUAUCACAUUAAAAGAAGAGGAUAUUGUAAUGAAAUUAGAGAAAGAACCUUUUAGAGUGAAAGAGGAGGCUAUCUCAGUAAAAGAGGAGGAAGACAUUUUGGGAGUGAAAGAAGAGGAGGAAGGAGAGGAAGAGGAGACUGAAGAUCGGAUUAGCACCAGAGCGAGACCAGACUCCCACUCGGACAGAGGAAAGAGUACUUCAGGGCAACCAGACCCAAAGAUGGCCAAACCAGCGAGACCACACCACUGCUCCCAUUGUGGAAAGAGUUUUAUUAAUUUAAGGAGUCUAAAAGUUCAUCAAAGAGUACAUACAGGAGAAAAGCCUUACCACUGCUCACAGUGCGGAAAGAGUUUUACUCAGUUAGGGAAUCUGAAAAUGCAUGAGCGAAUACACACAGGAGAGAAGCCUUUCCACUGCUCCCUGUGUGGAAAGAGUUUUACCCAGUUAGCUGCCCUGAAAAUACAUGAGAGGACGCACACAGGAGCGAAGCAUUUUCACUGCACCCUGUGUGGAAAGAGUUUUACCCGGAUAGGGUCCCUGAAAACGCAUGAGCGAAUACACACAGGAGAGAAGCCUUUCCACUGCUCCCUGUGUGGAAAGCAUUUUACCCAGUUAGGGGCCCUGAAAACACAUGAGAGAACACACACUGAGAGAAGAAUUUUCACUGCUCCUUGUGUAGAAAGAGUUUUACCCAGUUAGGGGCCCUGAGAAAACACGAGAGGACGCAUACAAGAGAGAAUCAUUUCCACUGCUCCCUGUGCGGAAAGACUUUUACCCAGUUAGGGUCCAUGAAAACGCAUGAGAUGACACACACUGGAGAGAAGCCAUAUCGCUGCUCCCAGUGUCAAAAUACCUUUUCCGUAUUAAGGGACCUGAAAUCACAUGAAAGAACCCACUUAGUAGAGAGGCAGAGGCCGUUCCAAUGCUCUCAGUGUGGAAAGAGAUUCAUCCAGUCAUCACAUCUGAAAGAUCACAUGACAACACACACAGGAGAAAAACCGUUCCAAUGCUCUCAGUGUGGAAAGGGUUUUACCAGGUUAAGCACACUAAAAACACACAAGAGUACACACAGGAGAUCAGCAUUUCCAAUGCUCCCAGUGUGAAAAGAAACGGUUAGAAAAUGCAUCCAUUAACAACAAUUGAUGGAUUUAUUAGGGGGAAAAGAUGCACCGAGUACGAGUACAACCCAGGGGUA